AUUCGGUCAUUUCUUUCAUUUUGUUUUAUCGCUAAAUAUUGAAGAGCUAGGCAGGGACUAAUAAAACCUCAGGGUCAGUGUAUGGUGGUCGCUGACGCUCCUACUCUGAGCCACACGUCGUUCUUAUUCUGUCGUGUGCCUGUUAAGUGGAAUUUUGAUUCUCUAAGCAAGAAAGGGAAAAUGUAGAGGAGGAGAGAUUUCGUACUUGGCAUCAGGAGCUGCUCCUGAAAACUUUCAGUGGCGAUAAACCCGCAUGGGCCUCAUAGCGGCAGUCGGCAAAGAUUCAGACGGAAUGUGGCGUUCUUGUUAAAACGACACUGUUGUUCGAAACAGGCACGCAGCCGUUAAAUUACGAACUUUUGAAACGAACUUCUUAACGGCUAUGAGCGCCUGAUCAGGUCGUUGGGGCUCUAGAAGACUACCAUUUUUUGAAGAAAGAAGUCGUUUUCCCAUUUUGGGAGCGCCGCGGUGGAUUGUCUUCCACUUUAUUGGCCUCCUCCAGUAUUCAUCACUCUUCGAAGACUGUUGUGACCGUGCCAGUGUUACUAAAACCGUGAGUGGUAUUGGAGAAGGGUACAUCAAUGUUGGCUUUCGGCCCCAGAUUACUGUUCCGGAGAACUAAAAUGCUGGCGCUGCAGUUUCUCUGGGCAUCGCUUCUCUUUACGUACUGUGCCCAAACCACACACGCAAGCGUCACUUCGCCGGCCACUGUCAUCCCAGGGCUAUCGACAAGUGGCCAAGGAGGAUUCUCAACGGUACCUGAAGCCACAACGCCUUUUGAAGUGGGAAAUACUGAGUCGCAGUUUUUGUCACGCAACCUUACCGUGGCUCAAGAAGGUCAUUCCCUUUUGGUGGUGGCGACGGCCGAGCGAAAGCAAUUUACUGGUGAAGACGCAGUUCAAGAAGACCGGCGUGCAGAAGGCGUGACCCCUUCAAUUGUUUUAACGUCGGCGGAACCCCUGACUACGCAAGAAAGCACUUCUCAAUACGAAACGACUACCAGCUUUACAGCAGUCGAGAGCGGCAGCAUGACGGAUACGCAGCGCACAGAUUCCCCUGCUAGGGCUGUAGUGGCUAACACUUCUCGUCCCGAGAGGUCCAAAUUUCUAGAAAGCGUUCGGGCUGGAAUUACGCAGCUCAUGUCUAGCGCAGGCCCAGGGUUCACGAAGCAGUUACUCCAAGCGGAUAUAUCCCCAGAAUGCAGCUUCGGCCUGUUAAAAUUUAUGCGCGCCCUACAAGCACUCGAGCCUUGGGCCUUAAGAUUGAUUGACGCCACGGCAAAGUAUCCAACGGGCUUCCUCCAGGCGACCUUGGCUGACGUGGGUGCCUACGAUGAAUGCAUCGAGACCGUCGUACGCGACGACAACGGCGUUGAGAAAGUCCGCGGUCAGUUCUGCAACAUGCAUGUGAAACUCGGAGACGACCUUGGUUUCCUCGACGAGAUGAUGCCAGCCAUGGAAUUUUCUCACAAACGCGUCAGAAAUUUCAAGGGAUAUCUCAUGGAUAAGAAGUUGACCGGCCUUCGCCUCGGCCUUUGUGUCAUCAGCUCGUGCAGCGAGCAAGACCUCAACAACAUCGCCAAAGCCUUACUGGGAACUGCAGCGACAAUCGACAUCAAGAACUGCGUGACAAACGUGGACGAGGGGAUAGACAACACUCAGGCAUGUAUUAUAGCCGUCUUGGCGGUCCUCGCAACCGUCAUUGUAGCUGCAACAAGCUUCGAGCUGCUCACAAAAAACUGGGACAAGGAGCGCAAAAACUCCAUCCCAUACAAGUGCCUCGUAGCAUUUUCUGUCAUGACAAACACGAGGUUCAUUGUGAACAUCAGCAACGACAAGAAUUCUGAAGCCUACUCAUUGCGUUUUAUACAUGGCGUCCGCUUCCUGAGCAUCUUCUGGAUUUGCCUCGGACACUCCUACGCAACUAUCACCGAUAACAUAGCGAGGUUGAUUAAUGGUCUGCACUACUUCGAGCGUUGGGAGACUUUGAUCGUAACAGCAGGCUUCAUGGCUGUGGACACAUUCUUUUUCUUGAGGUAA